AUGUUGAAAACCAAGGCUCUGUUUAUUCCUGUAUUUUGUGAUGUCAAGCCUUCUGACCUUCGCUACCCUGACAAGGGAGUUUAUGCACCUUCAUUCGCUAAGCAUGAAGAAAGUAACGUCGAGGAGCUUUGUACAAAGAUUUGCUUGGCUGUGCAACAAGAGGUUGGAAAGACAUCUAAGGGCUCUCCAAGAUAUGUGGAAGUUGCAAAAGAUCAGAUAUGGAAGUUGCAAAAGACAUCGGCACAGUUCAAGAAAUUGAGUCUCCUGCCCAGAGAUUCACAUCCAGUGAGGAUAGAUUCCAAAGUUGAAGAUAUGCACAGGUUGCUACAAGAUCCACAAAUUCCAGUUAUAGACGUUGUUGGUAUGGGCGGCUCGGGGAAGACAUUUCUUCUCCAAAAUGUCUACAACAAAACAAAAUCCAGUUUUGACAAAUCUAUUUGGCUUUGUGUGUCUAAAUCUUAUGCUGUCAAAAUUUUGCAACAUGAUAUAGUAGCCCUGCAUAUAGGCUUAAAAAGUGAUAUUGUGGAUGGUGCCAUAUCUGAAGAGACAGCGGCUGAAUUAAUUCAUGAGCCUCUCCAAGGUAAAAUAUGUUUUAUUGUGCUCGAUGAUUUGUGGACGUUGUCUACAGCAGAGAAUCUCGUAGACAAACUUGGUCUGCCAGCUGAUAAAGAUUGUAAAGUUGUGGUGACCACAAGAAAUAAGGAGGUUGUUCAAAAUUCAAAAGCUCAUGUUUAUGAGAUGAAAAUUUUGUCAGAUGAAGACAGUUGGAAGCUGUUUUGUGUCUACGCAUUUCCCCAUUGUGAAGAACAUAGCGCGCCAUCGCACUUGGAAGAGGUGGGUUAUGGGAUUGUAAAGCAAUGUGGAAAUCUUCCACUGGCUAUCAAAACGACAGCAGCAUCUCUCGCCAACACCAAACGUCUCAGCAAAUGGGAGUCCAAGCGCCGUCAGCUCGAAAGGGUAGUUAUUCCCUUUGGUGAGCAUGGCACUGUGAUGGAUAUAUUAAAAUUGAGUUACGAUUCGUUGCCACCACAUCUUAAACCCUUUUUUGCUUAUCUUUCUUUCUUCCAUGAGGAUGAGGAGAUAAAGUGUGAAUACCUGAUAAAUCUGUGGAUAGGAGAGGGAUUAAUCCCAGCAGAAGAGGAGCAGUGGGAAAUGGCGUGGGAUUGGUUAGACCAGCUUGUCCAGCUGUGUCUGCUUCAAUUCUGGGAAGACCCGGGAUUUUUUAGUUAUUUACAGGUUAAUAGGUUAAUCAAAUUUUGUAAAAUUCAUGAUUUACUGCGUGAUCUGGCCAUACACAUAUCCAAAGAAAAUAAAUGUGUUUUCUCUGUUGAGAAAACCUCUACACAUGCAAGUGCUGCCUCUGGCUGGUGUCAGAUUUUACUAGCCAAGAAAAAUAUUAAUGGUAAUACUAAUGCCCUCUCACAGAGCCAUCCUGCCUAUCUUCGUACACUCUCAUUGUCUCAAAAUUGGAAGAUUAAUAGAAUUCCGGAAAACAUGUUUACCACUAUGAGAGGACUGCGCGUUCUCAAUUUGAGCUCUACAAACAUCUCUGCAUUGUCGAAGUCUUUUGGAAAGAUGAUACUUUUUACAUCAUGUUCUCAUGUUUAA